AUGGCGAUCAGCCAUAUGUCCCUCAUCAUACCCAAGGUGACCAAGCACCUCCUCUCCAACCCUGUGUUUCCCUGCGUCUCGCUGGCCGCCUGUAUGGAGACCGCUGGGGUUGCAGGCUUCGCUACCUUCUUAGGGAAGUACAUGGAACAGCAGUUCAACCUCACCACUUCCUCAGCCAAUCAGCUGCUAGGUAUGACGGCCAUCCCGUGUGCGUGUCUGGGUAUCUUCCUGGGUGGUCUCUUUGUGAAGAAGUUAGACCUGUCAGCGUUAGGGACCAUCCGUAUGGCCAUGGGUGUAAACCUCGUCUCCACCGCCUGUUACGUCUCCUUCCUCUUCCUCGGCUGUGACACCGGCCCUGUUGCCGGGGUGACUGUCGCCUACGGCAACACGACACUGCGGUCAAGGCAGAGACCGGAGCAGGCGUGCAUCAACAACUGGAACUACUACACAGCCUCAGUGAGCCCUGUGUGUGGCUCCAACGGAAUCACCUGCCUCUCUGCCUGCCUCGCUGGCUGCCUCUCUGCCUGCCUCGCUGGCUGCCUCUCUGCCUGCCUCGCUGGCUGCCUCUCUGCCUGCCUCGCUGGCUGCCUCUCUGCUUGCCUCGCUGGCUGCCUCGAGGAGGCGGUGGCGUUGCCGGGGAAAUGCCCCAGUCCAGGCUGCCAACAGGCCUUUCUCACCUUCCUUUGUGUCAUCUGUGUGUGCAGCAUGAUCGGUGCCAUGGCCCAGACACCCUCCGUCGUCAUGCUUAUCAGAACAGUGAGCCCUGAGCUAAAAUCCUACGCUCUUGGAGUGAUGUUUCUGGGCCUGAGACUUCUAGGUUUCAUCCCUCCUCCUCUGAUCUUCGGGAUGGGCAUUGACUCCACCUGCCUGUUCUGGUCCACGGUCUGUGGAGACAAGGGAGCCUGCUUGCUCUACAACAACGUGACCUAUCGACACCUCUAUGUGGGUAUCGCCAUCGCUCUCAAGUCCACCGCCUUGGUCCUUUACACCACCACCUGGCAGUGUCUCCGGACCAACUAUAAGAAAUACAUCAAGAACAGUGAAGGCUACCUGACUCCCACCCAGCUGUUUGCCUCCAACUUGACUUUGGACAACCUGGGCCAGGAGAUCAGCCAGAGCCCAGUUGAUAUAGAACCUGGAGGAACCAGAGAUUAG